UGUCAUUAAUAGCUAAUUCUAAUUUCGAAAUGCCACGAAAUAAUUGGAGGGAAAAGACGAAACAUCAAAACCGAUCGAAUCCCUUUGACAGCAAACAACAAAAUACAUGUAGCAUGCCGAAAAAAACAAAUUUAGAAUUUGAGUCUACAUCACAUUCAAGUACAGAGUUAACUACAGAUGGAACAAAACAGUGUAGUGAAAAUACUCCAGCUACACAAGGUGAUAUAUUACACAUGAUAGAGCGAGCUGCUCAAUCUGGCUCACCUCAAGAAAUGCUUGAAUGUUUUAAUCAACUGAUACAUACAGAGAACAAAGUGAACCAAGAAAGUUUAGACCAAGGUCUGCUUUUGUCUUGUAGGUAUGGUAGAGAGUUUUUGGUAAAGAUUCUGAUAUUUCAUGGUGCAAAUAUUGAGACGAGAGACAAAGAUGGCAACACACCACUUUUGAUAUGUGCCGAGAAAAGUUUCACUGACAUAGCUCUGUUACUGGUUGAUAAAGGCGCUGAUAUCAACAGUUACAAUAAAGACGGUGACACGGCACUUUUACUUUCUAUCACAACAUACGGGUCGUCUCAUCUAAUAAAAAAACUUUUGGAAAAAAAUUAUUUAAAUGUCAGCCAUAAAAAUAAAUAUACAUAUGACGCUUUCAUGAAAGCCCUCGAAGUCCUAAACUUUCCAUUAUUUAAAAUGCUGCUAGCACAUUUAUGGAAUACAGGUAGAUAUACCCCGAAACACUAUGCUCAAAGUGAACACAGCUUUACAAAAAUUGGCGAGAGUUUAGGUUUAACAUCGUUUCUAUCAUUUUUAAUUGAGUAUUCUGAAUAUGACAAAUUUAUCCUGAAAAAAGCAGUUUUAAUGAAAGACAUUUACAAAAUAAAGCUUCUUUUAUCUUGUCAAGUUGUUGAAUUUAGGGGAAAUCACAAAGAAGUCAACGUUUCUAUUUUGCCAGAAUUGCUAAAGAAUAUACAGCAGAGUGGUCGAGAAAUAACUGAACAAAAUUUGAGUAUUAUUAAAGCUUUAUUAAAAGCUGGAGCCCCACUGAACUCUCAUUACAGAGGAAAUAAUCAGCCGUUGGUGGCAGCAGUAAAACUUGGCUCCUAUGAUUUAGUGGAAAUGUUCUGUCAACUUAAAGAUGUAAGCUCACGUAAAUAUUUGUGUUAUGGACAUUCUACUCCCUUAGCUUUAGCAGCAGAGAAGGGACGAUGUGACAUUAUAAACUUGUUAAUACAAAAUGGUAAAGCGGAGUGUGAUAAGAGUUCAGCAUUAGAAUCCUCCAUUAAGCAUGGACAAAUUGAUUGCGCAAAACUGCUCAUUAAAUACGGAGCUAAAAUUGAGAAAACCUUAAAAAAUAUUGUAAGAAACAAUCGAGUUGAAUCAUUUUUGUUUUUAAAAGAACAUUUCCCCAUGAAUGUAAUCAUGAUGAUUAAAAGCAAAGGGCCAGAGUUUCUUAACCUCGCAUUAUGUGAAGGACAUAAAGAGAUAAUCAAACUACUCGUACAAGGAGGAGCAGACCUUAAUGCAAGUUACGAUUGUAAAACACCGUUAAUGUCAGCUGUGGAUGUCAAUGUGAUGGAAUUUUUGAUUGAUAUUGGCGCAGACGUAAAUGCAAAAGUAGAUUAUUACGGAAAUUGUGUAUCAGUUCUAGAAUUUGUUUUAAAAGAAAGCGAAGUGGAAAGCGGGUUUGAUUAUUUAGUAAAAAAAAGUAAAGUUACUUUUACACCAUGGUGCAAGUGUUAAUGUCCGAAACAAAGAAGGCAACACUCCAUUAAUAAGAGCUUCACAAAUGUCGAACACGGAAGAAGUUUUACGUAAUCUAAUACAAGCUGGGGCAGAUGUCAACCAACAGAAUAACGACGGUGAAAGUGCUUUACAUCUCGCUGUAAAUGUUGAAUCUAUUCCUAAUGCAAAAGCUUUAUUGGAGUUCAAGUCUGAAGUUAAUUUAAAAUCUAAAGAAGGACGAACACCGCUGUUUUAUUGCUUACAGAGUAGAAACUCACAGAUGCUUCAACUUUUGAUAGAAAAUGAUGCUAAUGUAAAUUGUGAGGACAACAACAAAGAUACACCUCUGCUUAACUUGUGUUCAUCAUCUUUUAGUGGUCAAGCUGAUUUAAUAGAGAUGUUAAUUAAAGCAGGGGCCAGUGUCAAUCAUCAUAAUACUGAAGGGUAUACACCUCUGAUGUUAGCUGCUAAGAAUGAGUCGCUUGACGUCUUAAAAUUAUUGUGUGAUUCAGGUGCAGAGAUCAAUGUAAUUAAUGAAAAGAAAAAUGAAACUGCCCUUUCAAUACUGCUAAACAUGCGUCAUGAUAAAAAUCUUGUAAUUUACCUGAUAGAAAAGGGGGCAGAUUGCUCAUGUUUAAGUCCCUCUAUUAUUCAUCAACUAAUUUUAAAGAAAGAAGUCAGUUGUUUGAAACAUAUACUAACAUUAGGUUUGGGACCUGCUGAAUUAACACCUGACAGCUUUGAUGAUUUUGAAUACGAAUCUCCCUUGCAUUCAAUUUCGCCAUUCGUGCUAUCUCUGUGCAAAGGAUAUGUAAACAUUGCUCGAUUUUUGAACGACAUUUGGUUUUUAACGCAGACUGAUGUUUCAUAUGCUGCCUUUAAUCAACAAUUUAGGGGACUGUUUGAAGAAGAUGAAAACAGUGAAUGUACACAAUUUAUCGACGAGUAUCAAUCCCAGCCCAUGUCUCUACAGAAACUAAGUUUUGUUGUCGUGUCGUCUGCUGUAGGUGCUGAUGCUGACAGAAAAGAACGUGUUAAAAAGUUACCAAUUCCGAAAAUGUUUCAGGAUAAGCUGUUAUUUAGACACGCCGAAAAGGCUGAAUUUGAACUACAUGCUGAUGAUACUGACGACGAAUAUUCAGUGUAUGAGCGCCUAUACACGUUACGAUUACUAAGAGACGACUCAGAUACAUGAGAUAUUUUCGACUAUGAUUAUCAAGAAUAUUAUUCAACAGACGAUUCGUAUGAUGACUACAACACAGUCUAUGACUCGGAUUUUUAGACAAUUGUUUCAAAAUGGAAAAGUUUAAUGCUUGUUUAUCUGUAUAUUAAGGAUCAGGAUAAAAGUUAGUUGUUGCUUUUAGUUGUUUAUUUUUAAGCGUCGCUUUAUACUGAUCAGUUUAAAAUCUUUAUUUAUAACUCACGCACAUUUUUCAGUUAUCGUUCACAAUUUGAUAUUAAGGAUGACGUCACGAUCGAAGUUAGUUGUUGCUUUUGCGUUUUUUUAAGCGUCGCUUUAUGCGGAUCAGUGUUUAAAAUGUUCAUUUAUAAAUCACGAAAAUUUUUUGGUUAUUGUUCUCAAUUUGAUAUGACUUGAGCAAAGCAUAGCCUACAAGGCUAGUUCACAAUAUAAUGAAUCUAUCGUAAAUAGUAUUCAGUUGGGUAGCAUGCAUUUCUACAUUUUGCUUCAUAAUAUGAUCGUUAUUGAUGAUCGAAUGGUUUAUAUAAUUAUCAACAGCAAUCGCAUGAAAACAAUUUUAUCUACGAAUAUUUGUUAAUACAUAACAGGCGGGCAUUAAUUUAAAAUUAGAAAUUAAUAUUACGAGGCAGACAUUAGAUUAAAGACACUAAGUCUGGCCGAACUCUUAUUUUGCAAAGACUAGAUACAUUAG